CCAGAAGGGAGCAGCAUGCAAUCGACUCUGCGCCAGCUGCCUCCGUCUGCCCAAGUGCCCCCGCGGCGGCGGCGGCGGUUCCUCUCGCUCCGCGCCCUGCAGCUUCGCCGCCUCGGCCUCUUCCUCGUCGCGCCGCGGAGUUGAGAGAAAGCAGCCCCAGCUGUGUGGGGGGUUUGGCGGCGGCGGGGUGGCGGUGGUGGUGGUGGAGGGAAGAGAGGCUGCAAUGCCUAAGCCGCCGCCUCCUUCGCCUCCUCCUCCUCCUCCUCCUCCCCCUGCUGUUUCUGUGCAUCCUCCUUCUCCGCCAGCCUGAAGAAGGUGGGGGGGGGGAAGGAAGCCGCUUUUCGCCCGACAAGGACACGCACACUUGCGCGCGUGUGUCGCCCCUUUCCCGCGCUGCUGCUCGCCCGCCCUGUGGGCGAAAGGUGAUCUGGUUUCACAAAUAGCAUCUUCUUUAAAUGACAAGAAUCUUGAAGCUACUACAUUCAUUUACAAGAUACUGAAUUAAAAACAGAUUCUGGAAAGUAUAAGAUAAGCAGUGGUGAAAUCUGGCUGGAUCUAUCCGGCUCGCGUGAACCGGUAGCACCGGCGGUGGGAGACUCCACCCACCCACCGGGACGUCAUUACGUCCCAUUUUUUACCUUCUGGUCAUGCGCAGAAGGCUCUGCACAUGCCCAGAAGAGGCGCGCUCCCGGUAGCGAAGAGACUUGCUCUGGUGAAGGACUUCGACAGGCUGUGAGAAAACCAAUACAUUUGUCUGCAUGCCAAGAGCUGUUGGAUUUAGAGGCUUGGAGGAGACAAACCUUGUUUGAGUGUGCAAAAUGAAUGCAAUCUGAUAAAACCCUGGUGAGAAACGGCAAUUGCUGGUUUUGCCGAGAUGUCACGGCACCACAGCCGGUUUGAAAGAGAUUAUCGCACAGGAUGGGAUCGCCGGGAGUGGAAUGCCAACGGGAAUCAUGUAAACAGCAACAGUAACUGUAACAGCACAGUAAACAGCAAUAGCAACAAUAGGCCAGGUCUUCUGCCUGUACCAAUUGUCCCAUCCAGAUUGCAUGCGCCGGCCACAGGGGCUUGCACUACUGUGAACAGCGAUGUGAUAACUACCCUUGCAGCCAGUAAUUCUGCAGCCUCAACAACCAAAACGCUUUCCAUUUCCAAGACAGAUAAUCAACCACAAGGAUUAGCAACCAGUGUAAGGUGGGGACAGACACCCAUCAAUCAGUCUACUCCCUGGGAUACAGAUGAGCCACCAUCUAAACAAAUGAGGGAGACUGAAAACCCAGGUACAGCUCCAUGGGUUACAACAGUUGCAGCAGGUAGCCAACCAACUCUUAUAACUCAUUCUUAUGGGAUGAAUCAGCCACCGACCUUCAGCCCAGCAGUCAACGUCCAAGCCCCUGUCAUUGGAGUCACACCCUCACUCCCUCCACAUGUUACCCCCCAGCUUCCAUUAAUGCCAGCUCAUUACCAGCUUCCGCAGCAGCCUUCACGGCCUCUCAGUAACAUGGUUGUGAAUCUGCAAAGCCAGCCUUUGUACACAAACAGUCAACCCAUUACUAUGUCUUCUAUGACUGGGGUUGGUCAGGUGACUCACCCAGGCCAUGGGGCAAUAGGGAAUGGUCACAUGACUUGUCCUAUCCUGCCUCCACCACCACCUGCUUUGCCUUCAGCUGCCCUACCUAAUAGUGUUCCAGCCACCAAUGGGCAGGCUGCUCCUCAGCUUCCUCCUAACCCGACGGGCAAUCAGGACAACACAAAUGGGGUGCAGAUGCUACGGACUGUUGGUGUGGGGAAAUACGAGUUUACAGAUCCAUGGCAUCCAAAAGAAAUGUUGAAGGAGUUGAACCAGCAACGCAGAGCGAAAGAGUUUACAGACCUGAAAAUUAUUGUUGAAGGCAAAGAGUUUGAAGUCCACCAAAAUGUUCUAGCUUCCUGCAGCUUGUAUUUCAAGGACCUGAUUAAAAGGUCACCCCGGGACAGUAGCCGAAGCAGCGAGAAGCUGGAGCUGGAAUUAUCAAAUCUCACGGCGGAUGUUCUGGAACUGCUGUUGGAAUUUGUUUAUACAGGUUCCUUAGUAAUAGAUUCUGCCAACGCCAAAACUCUUCUCGAGGCUGCCAGCAAAUUCCAGUUUCAUACAUUCUGCAAAGUCUGUGUCUCUUUUCUAGAAAAACAGUUGACUGCUAGCAAUUGCUUAGGAAUAUUAGCCAUGGCUGAAGCAAUGCAGUGCAGCGAACUAUACAAUAUGGCGAAGGCCUAUGCCCUGCAGAUUUUCCCAGAAGUGGCAAAUCAAGAGGAGAUUCUUAAUAUCUCAAAGGAUGACGUCAUUUCCUAUAUGUCAAAUGACAGCCUAAACACAAAAACAGAAGAACUGGUUUACGAAACAGUGAUAAAGUGGAUUAAAAAAGAUCCCGCAGUCAGAGCACAGUAUUCUGCUGAGCUGUUGGCAGUGGUCCGUCUGCCCUUCAUCCAUCCCAGUUAUCUGCUAAACGUUGUUGACAAUGAGGAAUUGAUAAAAUCUUCAGAGGCCUGUCGGGAUCUGGUGAACGAAGCAAAACGUUAUCACAUGUUGCCACAUGCCAGGCAAGAGAUGCAAACUCCAAGAACCCGGCCCAGGUUAUCAGCAGGUGUAGCAGAAGUCAUAGUCCUAGUAGGAGGCCGUCAGAUGAUUGGAAUGAAUCAACGGGCUUUGACAGCAGUGACAUGCUUCAAUCCUCAGAACAACAAAUGGUACCCACUGGCCACCCUGCCCUUCUAUGAUCGGGAGUUUUUUAGUGUGGUGAGCGCUGGAGACAAUGUCUACCUCUCAGGUGGUAUGGAAGCUGGAGUCACGCUAGCUGAUGUCUGGUGCUACAUGUCGCUCCUUGAUAACUGGAAUCUCGUUUCCCGAAUGACAGUCCCACGAUGUCGACACAACAGUUUGGUUUAUGAUGGCAAAAUAUAUACCAUAGGAGGCCUUGGUGUAGCGGGCAAUGUCGAUCAUGUGGAGAGGUAUGACACCAUCACCAAUCAGUGGGAGACAGUUGCUCCUUUGCCAAAGGCGGUGCAUUCUGCAGCUGCAACUGUUUGUGGUGGAAAGAUCUAUGUUUUUGGAGGUGUGAAUGAAGCUGGCCGAGCUGCUGGAGUCCUGCAGUCAUAUAUUCCACAGACUAAUGCAUGGAGUUUUAUAGAGUCACCAAUGAUAGAUAACAAAUACGCUCCUGCAGUCACUCUCAAUGGUUUCAUCUUUAUCCUUGGAGGAGCUUACGCACGAGCAACCACCAUCUACGAUCCAGAAAAAGGCAAUAUUAAAGCAGGCCCCAACAUGAACCACUCCAGGCAGUUUUGCAGUGCUGUGGUUCUUGAUGGAAAAAUUUAUGCCACUGGUGGAAUUGUCAGCAGCGAAGGCCCCGCCCUAGGAAAUAUGGAAGCUUAUGACCCCAACACCAACACAUGGACGCUGCUUCCCAAUAUGCCAUGUCCGGUGUUCCGGCACGGCUGCGUAGUCAUUAAAAAGUACAUUCAGAGCGGUUGACGCCAUCAGAAACUUGGCUUUUGCCUGCUGAAAGCAAGCCGAGCGAGCGUUCCUGCAGAGAGAAAUCAGGAGAAUACAACAAAAGAACAUCUUGUCUAAAGUCAUGACUAAUCUCUACGCUGAAUGUAGAAAAUCAUCCUCACUUUUUGAUAAACAAUGAGCAGAGACUGCAUACUGUGGACAAGAACAGGAUUUAACACCCGUGUGCCACUAGGUGUCACCGUGGUGUUUGCUACAGACAUGGGCUUUUGGUCUACGCAGGUGCAAUAACAUUGUUGUUUCAAAGAGGGGAAUGAAAUGAACAGUGUGCGUUCUACUUUGCUGAGAGCAAAUUCAGUUGUUGAAGUUACUGUGCCGGUUUGGCUUUGCUGCUACAUAUUAAGCAUUGGGGGCUACAUGAAAUGAAGGGCAAAGUGUCCUUAUCACUUUGAUGGCUACCUUUUUGUUUUUAAACCAACAUGCGCUUUUCAAACAGUGAUCAAGAGCAAACGUCCCUCGCCGAACACACCAACUGAGGUCAGUCUUCCAUCAAAGCCAAUGUUUAUUACAGCCCGAGAGCAAAGCUAACAAGGCAUAGAGGUGUGCCUGUCCAUCUCCUAGCAUUCCACAUCCUUUGAAUGAAAAGGUUUUCUGAAACUGUACCCCAGUGUGAAAGGUCUGGUUGCGGGAGGGGCCUGCUUCUGCCCUAUGGCUGGGGUUUUUGUUUUUUUUUCCUACUGUAUGAACAAAAAUCGCAGCUACCUAUCUGUAAAACAAGAGACAUCUAGGAGCUUUUUAUUAAACUUGUAUUUCUCUGUUCAGAGAUUAGACCGAAGAGUUCUCCAUUGGGUUUCCUAUUUUGAGCCAGUGAUUUGAGGCAAGGCCUUGGGUGGGGAUGGGGAGGUUGUGAUUGUCACUGAGUGCUAAUCCAGUAGCCAGAACAUAUAGGUCACGGUCUAUAUUUUUGUCAAAUGAAUCUUAAAGAAGAAGGAAAAAAAAGUCCUAUUUUUUCAAAUUCUCUCCUGCUCCUUUCCUUUGCCAAAUGUACGUUAAGAGUCUUAAGAAAAGUCCUCUUCUGCUCAAGAGGCUUCGGCGGCCGCAUUUGAAAGAAGAGAUGGUUUUGCAGCUUCUCGCGAGGGUUUAACAAUAAUAAUUGAGAAUGCAGUCUUGUUCGAUCCUCCUUUUAGCAAGACGGUAUGGGGAAAAUGGUUCCUCUGUAGAGUUGUAAGUAUAAUACACAGCAGGGCUAUAUUUUUAUACGUAUAUUAAAAUAUUGUACAUUCAGAGAAGCGUUGUGAUGUGAAAAAUUCUUUAUAAAAAUUGUAAAUGGAGCAGAUCGGACGGCUGACAGCUGGGACAACAGGGUUGCAAUCGUAACAACAAACAUAUAUAUUAUGAUUAAUCCUGUGCAAGGGGAGAUUAUGGUUGAUUUUCUUUGCAGCAGCUGGGGAGGGAACAGCGGUCACUGUUUGUUUGCUGAACUUCAUCACGGCCAUUAUUAAGACCAUUUUUUUCCCCCAACUGAAGUACAGAAUGCCAGAUACUGUCGGGUGAAAGGGGAACCUGGAGCUCUUUUUCUUUUUCCAUAGCAGACAUCAAUUUUGUCCAUAAGGGGAUGUGAUUUGUUAAGUCACUACAAACUGAAUGGAGCGGGGGGGGCGGGGGGGGCUACUGGCCAUGAACAGCCUAUUUUUUCAACUUUUCAGAUGUUCCCAUGGUGACACUCCAUCUUCCUUCCUUUCUUUUUUUUAACCCUGUUCCAGGUAAUUGGUCACCAUGAUAGGGACAUUACGAUGGCAUCAAAACACUAUUAGGGUGAUAAAUGGUUUCCAGAAGCAUCCCUAGAGCAGGGGUAACACGGACUGUCACCUUUGUACCUGAGCACAUCUGCUUGGAAGCAAAUCCCACCGAUUUCAGUCUGCCUCUUCCAAGUGGGCUUAGCAUCAUAGCCUUACUCUUGACUUGUAGAAAGUCAGAGAACUGCAGCCAAUGCCUUCAUGAUUUUGAUACCAAAUACGUUUUCUUUUUAAAUUGGGACAUUUUGGAUAACUAUAUUAGAGAUGGCUGGCCAAUCACACUGAAAUUAUUUUGGUAAAUAUCAAUUUUUAGAAUGCAGUUAUUACUAUUAAAUUUGUACCUUACCGUAUCUCAAAAUAAUUGCUCACAUAGGCAGCAAAAUGACAUCUCUCCCAUGGCAUAGAGGAUAGCAUUCAAACUUAUUAUGCAGUUGUAACUAAUUCUUUAAAGGAACUAAGUCACGCAAAGCUUUUUUUUUCUUUUUGUCAACCAUGAUGAAAGUGUAAAUUUGAAAAAAUUGGCACAAAAAUUCCUCACUGCCUGGGGCAGGCUGAGUUUUAUGAUAUUGGUGUCUUUCUACCUCCAAAGGAGGUGCUAGCGUGUAAGCCUUGCUAAGCAUUUAACAUCUCCGAAUUUACCUUUUUCUUUCUUUCUUUUCCUCACACUGGAGCAAAACUGGCUAUUUCCGUGCAUACUAAAAACAGGGUUGUCUGUAAUUAUAUUGUAUAUAUGUUUACUGUUCAAUUCUUGUUGAAAUAAAUCUAUUUCUAGAUCUA